CAUUUCCUUUGAAUAUUUUGCCUUCACUUGUUUAAUUGGCCACAUUCUGUCACUGCAUAUAACAAAAAUACCUCAGUUACAAGAUGCGAGUGAUCUCAGUGCUGCGUAAGUAUAAAACUUGUUCGGAGGAUGUUUGUUUACUUUUCUUAUUCCAAUAUUGAUUAAGAGUAUGAUUCAAACAUGAGGGGUCAUGUUUUCCAAAAGUUUACUAUCAAUAAUGAAACUUUACUAGAGACUUGUAUAAUCAGUCUUGCAAUCAUUUUCUUGCUUAGCAGUGUCUGCUGGUUUUGAGCAGCAAAUAAUGAUGGAGAGAGGGCGCUCCAAGAGGCGCAAUUUCUUUGAUUAUGGUGUAAAUACGAGAAAAGCGAUAGAACACGUGAAGGAUUCUAAAUCAGGUUCCAGUGGGAUUCCAGUGAAGAUCAUCACAAAUCUUUUUGCCUUCAGAUCUCCUCCAAAGUGGUUCAUGUACCAGUAUCAUGUGACUUUCUUGCCUGACAUUGAAUCAAAACGCUUACGGAUGGCACUACUCUUUAGCCAUUGUGAUCUGUUAGGAAAGAUCAGGGGAUUUGAUGGAACUAUACUUUUCCUUCCAAAUAAACUACAAAACCAGAUAAUGGAAGUGACAAGCAUAAUGAAAAAUGGCCAGGCAGUGAAUAUAACCAUUACUCUGACAAGCCAAUUUCCACAGGAUUCUCCCACGUGCAUCCAGUUUUUCAAUAUCACGAUCAGAAAAGUUCUAAAAAUGCUGUCUCUGUAUCCAAUUGGGCGAAACUUUUAUAAUCCAUCAACUCCAAUUCAUAUUCCUCAACACAGACUAGUUCUGUGGCCUGGGUUUGCUACCUCAAUCCUGAGAUAUGAGACCAAGAUAUUAUUGUCUGUUGAUAUAAGUCAUAAGAUUCUACGGAGCGAAACUGUAUUGGAUUUCAUGACUGGGCUAUACAACAGAAGUGGUGAUCAGCAUUUCAUUGAUACCUGUAUGAAGGAAUUAGUGGGAUUCAUUGUUCUUACAAGAUAUAAUAAUAAAACAUAUCGCAUUGAUGAUAUUGAUUGGGCUGUGAAACCCACUCAUACAUUUAAAAAGAAAGAUGGAACUGAAAUCAGUUAUGUUGAUUAUUAUUCACAGCAAUAUGAUGCCUCGAUAUCUGAUUUGAAUCAACCAAUGCUAGUCAGCCAGUUAAAGAUGAAGCAUCUUGGAACAGAUGCGGUGCCUCGUAUUGCUCACCUCAUACCAGAAUUCUGCUUUCUGACAGGGCUAAGCAAACAGACUCGCUCUGAUUUCCGUAUAAUGAAGGAUCUGGCUGCAGAAACACAGCUGACUCCUCAAAAGAGGCAACAGAGACUGCAUGAAUUGAUAGAUAGUAUACAGAGGAAUAAAGUAGCACGGGCUGAGUUGGAAGGCUGGGGAUUACGCCUUGAUGAGCAGAUUUCAUUGUCGGCCCGUGUUCUUCCUCCUGAGAAAAUUCACGUGCAUGAUCAUUCUUUCAUGCCAGUAUCGCCAGUCGACUGGUCCAGAAAUCUGCAACAUUCAAGGAUUAUUGGCAGUCACACACUCCAAAAUUGGCUGAUGGUUUUCAGCCAAAGAAGCUGUGAUGCUGCUGGAAAGCUUUUGUCACUCCUCAGGAGAGUAGGACCAUCAAUGGGCUUUUCGGUUGAGAAUCCCAAAAUGGUGCAAGUAAAUGAAACGACCACGUCCUUUAUACAGGCUUUGAGGCAUAACAUUGAGCCCAGUACACAAUUGGUAUUGUACAUCCUAUCCUCAAGUCAGAAGGAUAAAUAUGAUUCUGUAAAGAAAUUCUUGUGCGUGGAAAAACCAACUUCCAGUCAAUGUGUGGUGGCCAAUACACUGAACAGAGCAAAUAUUAUGAGUAUUGUCACUAAAAUUGCUCUGCAGAUGGCCUGCAAAAUAGGGGGAGAAUUGUGGAUGGUGGAAAUUCCUUUAAAAUCCCUGAUGGUGAUUGGUAUUGACAUGAACCGGGAUGCACUUAGAAAAGGAACGUUUGUUGGAUUUGUGGCAAGCAUCAACUUCACGGUCACAAAAUGGUUUUCACGCUGCAUCUUCCAGCCUCAUGGUGCAGAAGCAGCUGAUUGCUUGAAAGUUUGCAUGAAAGGUGCGUUACGUAAAUGGCUUGAGUUAAAUCAUGAUUUGCCGGGCCGCAUUGUGGUUUAUCGUGAUGGUGUGGGAGAUGGGCAACUAAUGACACUGGUGGACUAUGAAGUGCCCCAAAUACUUGACAGCUUCAAGGAAGUUAACUCAGAUUAUAGCCCCAAAGUUACCAUAAUUGUAGUUCGGAAGAAAGGGACCUGUCGAUUCUUCGCUGACACGAAUGGAAUGCUUCAAAAUCCACCAGUCGGAACCCUGAUUGACAGUGAAGUGACUCGUCCUGAAUGGUAUGACUUUUUCCUAAUCAGUCAGUGUGCACGUCAAGGUACAGUUUCGCCCACACACUACAAUGUCGUUUACGAUAACAGUUGCAUGAAGCCAGAUCACACACAACGGUUGACCUACAAGUUGUGUCACCUUUAUUACAAUUGGCCUGGUGUGAUACGUGUUCCUGCUCCAUGUCAAUAUGCGUGCAAGCUGACAAGAUUGGUGGCCGAAAACAUUCACAGAGAACCCGACCUCGAGUUGGCCGAUCGCCUUUUCUUCCUGUGAAUCCAGGAACCAGGCAAUUGGUGACCUUUCUUUCUGAAAAAAACAAAAAUGUUAUGCGUGUUCAGUUGUUUUUGACAUCCACAAUAAUCUCUGCUUUAGGAAGUCUCCAAGUAAACUAUAUUGGAGAUUUUAGAUUUGCUCUAAAAGCAUAAUUUACAUUUACAUGAAACAAUAUUCCUGUUACACGUUUGUUGGUCUUUCUAUACAUCUUUGAGAAUAGAAUGUUAUAUUUCUUAGUGUGGCAAUGGUCAGCCUUAAACAUUGCCUAAAAGAUAGUAAAUAAGCACACAAGAAAGUGUUGUAUUUGCGUUGGAUUUUUUAUUAAGGUUGAA